AUGGCGACCCUAGUCGGAUCUUCCAGCAGCGAGCCGUCCACCGCCCCACAGUACGAGCAGUACGACGAUGACACACCGCUCUUCACCUGCCUCUCGUGCAGCAUUGCAUUCCCGAACCCGGAAGACCAGCGCACGCACUACCGCUCCGACCUGCACCGCUACAACAUGAAGCGUCGAGUAGCCAACCUCCCACCCGUCAAAGCGGACGUGUUCAACGCCAAGAUUCUGGAGCGACGAGCAGCGUUGGUGCAAGAGGCGCAGACGGCGACCGUGCCCGAUCGCUGCGAGGCGUGCGAUAAGAAGUUUGCCAGUCAGAACGCCUUCCGUGCGCAUCUGGAGAGUAAGAAGCACAAGGAGAACGAAGCGAGGUUGUCGAGGAGGCAAGCUGCCGCCAACACUGAAGCUAGCGAAAUCGCGCCAUCAGAGGACGGGAAGGAGGAGGUGCCGCUGGUGUUCCGUGUACCCAAGCCGACCGCGGAAGCGCCAGCGCUAACACGCUCGACCACAGACGCAGCUAUUGUCGCCGAGGAGAAGAAGAAGAACGCCCGCGACACGCUCAUGGUCAGCGAAGACGCAAGCGAGGAGCAAAUCCAAGCCGCUGUCGACGCCAAAGUCGCCUCCUCCCGCAGAAUCGACGUGGAACACGAAUGCAUCUUCUGCCCCAAAUCCGGGUUCGGCGAACUCAAAGACAACCUGGCACACAUGUCCAAGGCACAUGGAUUCUUCAUCCCGGAUUCGGAGUACAUCGUCGAUCUUCCCGGGCUCGUCUCGUACCUCGCAGACAAGGUCAGCAUCGGCAACAUCUGCCUGUACUGCAAUGGGCGCGGUAAGGGUUUCCACAACACGGAGAGUGUGCGAAAUCACAUGUUGGACAAGUACCAUUGCAAGAUCGCGUAUUCCGAUCCGGAGGAUCAGUUGGAGUUGGGCGAUUUCUAUGACUUCACCAGCUCGUACCCUGCGGAGGAGGAUGAGGAGUGGGAGGAUGCGGACGCGGAAGAGGAAGAGGAGAUGGAGGUGGAUGGGGAAGGACAGGUGCUGGAUCUUACCACCAAGAAGUCUGGAGAAGAGGAGGAGAAGGACGACCAGAUCAGGUAUGGUGAUUCGGAGCUCGAGCUGGUUCUUCCCUCUGGUGCUCGAUUGGGUCAUCGCUCCCUCCGACGAUACUACGCCCAGUCGCUGCGCGAGACACCGCUCAAUUCGUCCCGUGCCGACGAAGACCUUUCGCGUCGCUACGGCGGCGGUGGCGCCCUCGCACGCCGUCUCAUCGCAGAGAGCGGUAUGGGCCACCACGACGGUGACGGCACCCUCGUCACCGGUCGCCACGGUCAAGUCAUCAAGGCUAGGAACAGGGGCGAAGCACGAGAGGCAAAGAAGCACAUCACCGAGUUCAGAGACAGGAACAAGCGCGAGCAGUACAAGACCCGCAUCGGGUUCAGGAACAACAACCAGAAGCACUUCCGCGAUCCGCUGUUGCAGUAG